AUGGCUGCUGCUUUGGUGGAAGAAUCGAAUAAGCAGCCACUUUUAUCCAACCUAGAAGAAGAAGAUAACUGCCAUUUGCUGCAAGAUUCAAUUCAACAAGUAAUCCACCAACCAAAUAGAAAUACUAAUAAUUUAUUGUUUGAUGCGGAUGAAGGUGAAAUCAACCCAAUCAAUGGAGCCGGAGAUUUCUUCCGGGAAUUCGUCAACGAGUCCAACAAACUCUGGUACCUCGCCGCCCCGGCAAUCUUCACUUCUUUUUCCCAGUACUCCAUCGGCGCCAUGACUCAGGUCUUCGCCGGCCACCUCGGAGCUCUUGAACUCGCCGCCGUUGCCGUCGCAAGAAGCGCUGUUUCCGGAUUCGCUUUUGGUAUUAUGGUAAUUAAAAAGACAAAAAAAAAAGUUUGA